CACAUUCACGUGUGAUAGAAAAAUCGUACAAACUCAAUUUAUAACAUUUUUUUUUUGUUUGUCUAUUAUGAUUUCUUGAAAAUUGAUCGUGUACUGUAUCGUGAAGCGAUGAAAAUUAAUAAAAUUUUAAAACUAAAUAUUUUAUUGUUCAAGUUAUAAUGUCUUCUGACGAUGACUUUAUGUCAACAUCGGAUAAUGAAAGUUUAUUAACUGAAUCUGUAUCUGAGUUUGAUGAUUUUUAUGAAACUCCUCGAAAAUUCUUACUAGGAAGCCCUAACAGUUAUUACGAUGAAGAUCCUUGGAUUGGAUGCCUUGUCUGGGUAAAAAUGAAGAUUUAUCCUUGGUGGCCAGGAUUAAUUUGGUAUCCUACUUAUAAAAUGAAAAGUAAACCUAACAACAAUUAUAAGUGUGUACAUUUUUUUGGGAAAGGUGAUUCAAAUGAAUAUGCAUGGGUUGAUAGAAAAAAUUUAAAACCUUAUUUACAUUAUAAAAGUGAAUAUUCUAACCGUUGUAAAACGAAAAAGUUCAAAGAUGCUUGUAAAUCAAUUGAAAUGUAUUUAUCAAAUAAAAAAAAAAAUGAAAGAGAAUCUGUUCGGUGGUUACCAGAAUCAAUAUUACUCAAUAUUUAUUCUUAUCUAUCUCCUAAAAAUGUAUUAAAAGCAUCAACUGUAUGUGUUCAUUGGAGGCACAUAUUUUACAAACAUUUCAUUCACUAUUUACAUGUUAAAAUAAUGCCUGAACUCAAUGGCAGUAUAGAUGAAAAGAGAUUAGAAUAUUUAAAAACUAGUAUUAUUACAAUAGUUCAAGAUGUAUGUAUAUCAUUUGAUACGUGUGAUCAACAGUGUUUUGAAUGGGCUCUAGAAUUUAUUAAACAAUUACAAUCUAGUUUGGUCCUAAAAAAUCUUAAAAUAAAUCCAUUACAUUGUGAAUUAUUUUAUGAUCUACCUCAAGAAGAUAUAAAUCAUCAAUGGUCACUCUCAAGACAAUUAGAGGAUGAAAUCAAAAGACUAAUGCGGAGAAUAAAAAACCUUGAAGGAUUUAGUUACGGUUUUAAAACAUUUCACCCUUGGCAAAAAUUAAUUUUUUAUUUAUCUAAAAAUAGUCAAAAAUUAAAAUCCUUAAAUCUUGCUGGGAUACUAGAACCAGCAGAAAUUCCACAGCAUAAGAGCAUAAAUAUUUAUGAUUAUUUUAAAUCAUUCAAUUUUAUGCAGGUAUUAAGUUUAGAUUACACUAGAAAUACGUUUGAAUUAUUAACAGCAUUACAUAAUAUGCCAUUGCUAGAAAUUCUAGAAUUAUUUAUUCAUGAUGAUAUUGACAUGCAACAUGAAGAUGUCUUUUGGAAAAAAUUAAAAGAAAAUUGUCCAAAACUUGAGUUAAGAAUUGCAGUAAUAGAAUGUAGUUUAGUGACUCAGCAAUUGCAUCUUAAACUUUUAAGCCCAUCCAUGCCUUUAACACAUUUAAAAGUAUUAUUUUGUGAAAUUGGCAAUGUUCAAGCUCUAUUAGCUUUACAACACUAUAAGGAUACUUUAAAAUCUUUAAUAUGGGUUGAUCGACAUGGUUCAACAAACCCUUAUUGUCUAAUUAAUGGUACUUUAAAUUUAAACAGUAUAACUGAGGUAGUAAAUAAUGAAGAUCUUGAAAAUGAUAGUGUUAAUGCUCUUGUGUCACUUGCCUUAAAUUGUAAAAAUCUUACUGAAAUUGUUAUGAUGGGUUAUUUUAUAGAUCCAUCGGAUGUUUGUUCUAUAGCAAAGUAUAGAGGUUCUUGUUUAGAGCGUUUUAUACUUAUGGAAGGUGACAUAUGCAAUGAUCGUCCUUGGAGUAAAAUAUCUAUUGAAAAAGUGAAAGAAAUUGUGUCUAAAUGGCUGCAAAGAACUUGGAAACCAUUAACAAAUAAUGAUUUGCCUAAAUACCAUAUGACAUUUGCCAAACAGUGUCUACUGGAAAAUAGUCAGAUUAAUUGUAGUGCAUGUUCAUAGCUAACUUAAAGAUGGUCUUCUUUUGGAAGUUAUACGACCUAUUUUGUUAAAUUAAAGAUUUAAUUUGUUUUUUGUGACUUAUACAUUUUAUUUUAAUAAUUUAUUAACAUAAAGUUAUUAUGUUCCUACUUUAUUAUCUAUUGGUAUACUAAUUGUUAUUAAUAUAGUCUUUCAAGAUGAAAGAUAUAAUGUGAAAUUUUGUUUAAAUCAGUUAGUUAUUAUGUGUUUAAAAGAACAAAAUUAAGUGUUAUGUAAAUUGUUUUAAGUUACAUUAUAAGAUUAGUUGUGAACUUAUUUAAAUAAUUAAAAUUUUGGUAAUAAAUUUAUUUAUGACUAAACUAUAAUA